CGGGCGCGUGGGCCGCUCUCCGGGGAAAGGCGCUGCGGGGGCCAGCCAGGAGUCGGCCCUGACCUUGCUCAGGUCCCGCUGGGAGGAGCGGAGGCCGCCGGGCUCGGGGGGCCUGGCACCCCCGUGUUCCUGGCGCCGACCCGAGCGGACUGGGGCCUUUGGGCGCUCUUACUCCGCGGGCCCCCACGCCCGUCCGCCGCCUCCCUGCCGCUCCGCCAGGCCGGCAGGGCACCAGCGGCCGGAGGAGACCCGCACACUGUGACCUCUGCGCGCCUCUGCCCCUCGGGCUCCCUGAGCCGCGCGUGUGUUGGGGCUCGGGGCUGCCUGCGCCCCCGGGCGGCCGGGGCUCUCGCCCCCCGCAUGACACUGCGAGGGCCGCCCCUCUCCGGGCCAGAUUAGGGCCCCACUUAGACCUGGGCUCCCGCCUGUUCAAGAUGUACAAUUUUUUCUCUUCAAAUCUGAUCUAAAAUUAGAAGUUGUGAUGGGUUUGUCUACUUCAUCUCCAUCUAUUGCUGCUCAGUCAGAAGAUGUAUCUGUACACCCUCAAACAGCAUCUCCACCUUCAGAAUGUCCCAUGCACCAGGAAAAAAUGGAAGGUUGUCCAAUGCACAUGAAAUCUCCUGACCAAGGUGUUGAGAACCAAAAUAAUAAUAUUCCUGCACAUCAGGAACGAGCAUAUGAAUAUGUGGAGUGUCCGAUGAAAUCUAGUACAUCUCAAAUGAAAGAUGACAUAGAUCCUAGAAAUAUGAUGCCACCGCCUAAUCAAAUGCCAUCCCUGAAUCAACCAUUUCCAUUAUCAACUAUCAGAGAAGAGUCUUCCAUUCCUAGAGCGCAUUCAGAACAAAAAUGGGUUUAUCCGUCAGAACAAAUGUUUUGGAAUGCUAUGCUAAGGAAAGGAUGGAGGUGGAAAGAUGAUGACAUAAACCCCAAAGAUAUGAAUAAUAUUAUCAAGAUUCACAAUCAGAACAAUGAGCAGGCUUGGAAAGAGAUUUUAAAGUGGGAAGCUCUUCAUGCUGUGGAAUGCCCAUGUGGACCAUCAUUGAUCCGGUUUGGAGGUAAAGCUAAAGAGUAUUCACCCAGAGCCAGAAUUCGCUCAUGGAUGGGAUAUGAACUUCCUUUUGACAGACAUGAUUGGAUUAUUGAUCGUUGUGGGAAGGAAGUCAGAUAUGUUAUUGAUUAUUAUGAUGGUGGUGAAGUAGAUAAUUCUUAUCAGUUCACCAUCUUGGAUGUCCGUCCUGCAUUUGAUUCUCUCUCUGCUGUGUGGGACAGAAUGAAAGUAGCUUGGUGGCGUUGGACUUCAUAACUACACUGAAACUGUACUUUCUCAGAUUGAAGAUGAGCUGCCAUUUGAACUUUAAAUAAAGAUUAUAGUAACUGUGCUUGUCUUCAUUAACCAACAUUGUCCUUCUCUCUGGGGGAAAACACUAUGCAGUUUUGUAUGAACAGAUACUUCAUACCAUCUUUAAUUUAAAAAUAAGGUACAUGCUUUUCUCUAUUUAGGUUUAUUUCAGUGGUCAAGUUCUCUCCUAGCUGGAAAAUCUUGUGUACUUUAUAGUCAGUUAAGACUAAACUACACAAAAUUAGUGACUCUCACAAAGUGCCAGGCACAAUGGGGCUUGAUGCUAAUUGAGCCUUUAGGCACUACUGCAGUAUAGAUAACAAAAAGUGGGAGUUUUGUAAAUGUUUUUACUUGGUCAUUAAAAGUGGUAUAUGGAUACCAUGAUGGUGGGUGUGGUGUAAAAAUCUAGGUAGAUAACUUAUUGUUGCAAAUUAAUUUAUAUACAGUUAUAUACCAGUAUUUUACUCAUUCGUAUCUAAAUCUGCUGAGAUGAUUUCAGUUGGACUAACUGUUUAAAUAAAAAAUAUGGCAUGUGAAUAUUUUUAAAGGUAUGUUCAACUGAAACUAAUGUAGAAAGAGUUGUGCCUAUUUUCAACAGACUUUUUUUAAAAAGAAAUGCAAUUAAUAAUUUGAAACAGUGUGAUGGUUACUUUUUUCUUUUAAAAUGCUGCCUCUGUAUUGUAUUCCAAAAAGCAGGAAAUAAAAUGGACAUUUCAGAGUAGUUAAGUUUCAUUUUUGAAGUUAUGAAAAAUCCAUAGGGUUUGAGUUAAUUGUAUAUAUACCGGUACUUAAAAGCCCAUUGCCUUCAGUAGGUGUUACAUGGACACGGUGAAAAGCAGAAUUAAGUCUUGUGUGUGAAAUUUUAAUUUUUGUGGCAAGUAACUGCCUCUCUUAAAGAAAAGAUGAUAAUUGGACACAGUGUUCAGUUUUCACACUUUAUAGAGUAUAUUUUUAAAUUUGGUAGACAGUAAAUUACUGUAUGCUGAAAUGUGUUGUCAUGUAAAAGAUAUAAAUGUAGAGUAUCAGAAAUGUUAAGCUAUUGAUUUAACUUGCUGUUUCUUGCUAUCAUAACGUAGAUAUUUAAAAUUAUUGCAUAUCGUGUAGCAAUUUGAACAAUCUUACAUGUGUAUAGGAAGGGAAAUUACUUAAAAACUAUUACAAACUUGAUAUACCCUAUAAAUCAUACUUCAGGGUUCUGUGGCACCAGGAGCUUAGUGUAAAGUUUUAAAUUAACCUUUCCUUCCCUCCUGCAUGUCCUGUUCUUGAGACUGAUCCAUCCAUGCAUGUCACUUUGGAUUGAUAGGAGUAACUGAAUACUGUAUUCUAGUCCCUCUGGUGGGAAAUUUCUCCAAUAUGUACAUAAUCCUAAUUUUUGGAUGAAGGGCUGUGUGUAAUUGGAUUUAUAUAGGAAGCUGCCUUCAGAGAGCUGCUUUGCAAUCAACUGACUUUCACUUCAUGAGGAAGUGAUCUCAUAUUGCUCCUACUUUGAUGCUUGUAGUGGAGACCACCUUUGUUGUCCAGAGGAAAAGAUCCCCCUUCAGAGGCUUCCAGAAAGUAUUGCAUAGCCUAAAGUCUAACAUAACUGAGGUGCAUUUUCUCUCUCUGUCCUUGUUCAGCAUAAUCCUGUUCUAUAGCCAUCUGAAUUGAAGGCAGUUUUGGACAAUAAAUAAUCCACCUGAGAUUGAUUUACUAUUGUGCAAGAAGAGGCAGAGCUACUAGGAAGAUAAGUGGAUAGCCCAUAAAAUCCUACAUUUGCUAGUGGAAGGGUUACAAACCCAACAUAAGCAGUUGAAAUUAUGACGUCGAUACUCCUUGUAUGAUGUGUCCUCACACCUUACAAAUCAGUUUUGAUAACUUGUGAUACAUACAGUCCUGAUGCUGUAUGUCUCAUGCAAAACAGAAAAGGUAGCAAUUCUUAAAUUGGUAUUCAAAAACUUUAAAAAACAAAAACCAAAACCCUCACCUACCUCAUUGAUUGCAGAAACAUAGUGGCUUCAUUAUCAUUGAAGUAUUCAUUUAAUGAAGAACCAGAAGAUGUCAUAUACACCACGACUUGAGUUUACCUGUUUUCUAGUAUGCUCCACUGACUGUGGUAUGGAUUCAGGUUUAUUCUUUGCAAUGCUUGAACACUAUUACUUAAAUGUGAUAUCUUGUCAUUUGAUUCUCUGUUUUAAUAAAGUGAACUUUUUUUAC